AUGCGUCACAAGAAACCCGUCAAAAAGCACCCAGCAAAGCGUGGUACACCUGCCACGCCGGUCCAGACUCAGCACUCCAACCAGACACCUGAAGCAACCACUCACAACGCUCACGACGAACCAAAACACUCUGCUCCAUCAUCAGUCUCCCACGAGGACUCACGACCAAGCUCCCCAAGCACGAAUGCUUCCAAGACGUCCUUUGUCCGACCUUCUUUAGCUCUAACGAAACUCGCGCACGAGCAAACACAGAUGCACGACUACUCCUAUCCAGAAGACGGCUACGAACACGGCCACGAACCGCACGAGGACGAGCCCUACACGCCCUCGGAUCCAUACUUUACCCCCGCGUCGCGCGAAAAGGGCGUCGGCGACUGGCUCACGCAGUGGGAGCACAUGAACUACCCUGGGAUGGAACUUGCGGAUCCGCAAUUCAUCGAAACGUGGGAAUUCCAUCUAAGACUGCGCCUCGAACAAGCGUACCCACGCAUGUGCUACUUUUUCCUCUGCGACAAGAAGCUAUUCGUGCUCGUGACGCUGCUUACGCUGAGAAGGAUGGCAAAAGCAGAAGGUCUGACGGGUAGACCGGUCGGAAAGUCGAAGCAGGACAGGCAAUUUGUGGACAAGAUUGCACAGUGCAUGAGGGAUGCAGAGCUGAGAUAUGACAAGGAUGAAGAGUGGAUGACUUGGUGGCGCGAGACGCUACUAACGGUUCAAGGCGGAUUGCAGAGGGGGUGGCUAUCAGCCGAUUCACCGGACGGCGACGACGAGACUGAACAUGAAGGACAGAAUAUUGUAUAUGCCAAGGACAUUAUGAAGCUGUAUCGACGAUUCGCAAAGAUUGCCAAACGUUUGGCAGAAGCAGAGGUAGAGAGUCACGAUGUUCACGUUUAG